UGCAACAAAUGAGAAAAUUUUAACAUAUAUACAUUGUAUUGCUACAGAUGUUAAAGUUCUCGUUUGUUUUUAUUUAAUAGUUGAAAAUUGAAAAUUUGUAUUAUUUCCUAUAAUAUAUUUAUACAAUUAAUUUAUUGUAUAUUUAAAUAAAAUUAGUGCAAAUGAGUUCGAAUAUCAACAGAUGUUGAUGACGUACAUAGUGAAAUUAGAAGUAAAUGCAUCAGUAGCUUUUGACAGAUAACAAAGGAUUAGUUGAACAUAUAAAUUAUGGAGGGUGGAAUAGUGGAGAGUCCAGAGUCAACACUGGGAAGUUCAUCAGACGAAUUAAAUAAUGAUGGCUGUUGUAAUCCAAAAAAAAUUAGCUUUCGUUUAUCUGGACUUAUUCUUAUGUGUUUACUCGGUUUUGGUUCUUAUUUUUGCUAUGAUAAUCCGGCAGCACUUCAGGAUAAUUUAAUGAAAGACUUGCAUAUGUCAACGACUCAAUUCGUCCUUUUAUAUUCAAUUUAUUCUUGGCCAAAUGUAAUAUUUUGCUUUAUAGGAGGUUUCUUAUUAGAUAGAGUAUUUGGAAUUCGUUUAGGAACAAUUAUAUAUAUGGCUCUUACAAUGAUUGGCCAAUUUAUUGUUGCCUUUGGUGCAUUAGCUGAUGCCUUUUGGCUCAUGGUAGUCGGAAGAUUCGUCUUUGGAAUUGGAGCCGAGUCUUUAGCAGUAGCACAAAAUAGUUACGCUGUCCUUUGGUUUAAAGGCAAAGAAUUGAAUAUGGUAUUUGGUUUUCAGUUAAGUUUUGCCCGAGUGGGAUCCACGGUUAAUUUCGUGGUAAUGGAACCAAUUUAUAAAUAUGUCUCUCAAUAUUAUCGUGGACCAACGUGUAUUGGAGUUGUACUUUUUCUCGCUGCUGUCACAUGUGUAGGAUCAAUGAUUUGUGCUUGUAUAUUAGGACUUAUGGAUAAACGCAUGGAAAAGGUAUUAAGACGAGGUGAAGGCGAAGAACCACGAAUUGUAAGACUUACUGAUAUGAAAGAUUUUGGAGGAAUCUUUUGGCUUGUUGCAUUUAUUUGUAUCGCCUAUUAUGUUGCGAUAUUUCCAUUUAUUGCACUUGGAAAAGUAUUUUUUAUACAAAAAUACGGUUUAGAUCCAAGUAGUGCAAAUGUCGUGUGUUCAAUGCUUUAUUCUGUGUCUGCCAUUGCAUCGCCGGCGUUUGGUUUAGUUAUUGAUAAAACUGGAAAGAAUGUUUUAUGGGUUUUCCUCAGUAUUAUUGGUACAAUUGUUGCACAUGGACUUCUUGCAUUUACGUUUGUGAGUCCUUAUAUUUGUAUGGUCAUUUUGGGUCUUUCGUAUUCAAUGUUGGCGAGCAGUCUUUGGCCUUUGAUUGCACUAGUUGUUCCUGAAUAUCAACUUGGCACUGCUUAUGGAAUUGCUCAAGCAGUGCAGAAUUUGGGAUUAGCCGUAGUAUCGAUAAUAUCAGGAAUGAUUGUCGAUAAAGGUGGAUAUUUCAUGUUAGAAAUAUUCUUCCUCUCUUGGUUAUGGAUUUCUUUAAUCACAGUGAUUGUAAUUUGGAUAUCUGAUAGAGCAACAGGUGGUUAUUUGAACAUGACACCAGGUGCACGAUUGAAUUAUGAUCAAUGUCGUGGAUCUAUUGAUGUAGUGGAAAGGGAACAAUUGCUGGCAUCAGGAUCAACUACCGACCUAUCCGGAGAUGAUUUGCUUCAAUCUCAAUCAGACACACGUAUGCGUAAUCGAUAUUUAACUCGGAUCGGAGCUGCAGUUCCCGUGCAUAUAAAAGGCCUCACAUAUAAUACAAUCCAAUGAUGUAGGAUAUAUCAUUUAGGACAAUUUUAUUAAAUUAAUGAAUUUAUUCUAUAAGGAAAAAAUUUAAUCUUUUAUUGAGUUUUCGCAAUUCAUUAAUGUUUCCUUAAUAUUGUUCAAACAGUAUGUAAUUAAAAUAUAGCUAAAGCAAUAUUAGGAAAUUAAUGAUUUGCACUCUCAAACUACGAAAAAAAAUAAUUUCUUCAGUCUUCCUUUUGCGCAGUAAAUACUGUGAUAAUCGUAAAUAAAUGUUCAAUUUUUUGAAAAUCCUAAAUAUAUAUACAUAUAUAUAUCUGCGCAAAUCAAUAGGUUGAUAAGUUCUGGUAACAAAAAGAGUAUAAAAACUCGUGUAUCAACUACAGAGCAAAUUAUAGACAAAAUUGUUUUAUGGAACAUAAAAUGUGUUUUAAAUAUUUAUAUGGUAUUAUAUUUAAAGAUCUAAAAUUUAAGUUUAUGUAUUUUUUAUCAUUUUCAAUUGGCAUCUAUCAUUAAAACACAUUUUAUUUCGAUGGCAAAAAGAUACAUAUUUUAAGAUAAAAACGUUCAAAAGUAUAAAAGUGAUUGUAAAAAAAAUAUAAAUAUACUUCUACUUGUACAUGGAUCUGACAGAUAACUAUAUAUAUAAUUAUAUUGUUUAUGUUUUGUACCUUCGUUAUAAUUAUAUAUAUAUAUAUAUACAUAUGUACAUGUCAAUAUUUGUGUGUGUAAUUAAAUAGCUUUAAAUGUAAUAAUAUUUUAAUAUAUAAGUUGAUUUUUAUUUUAUCAUAAUUAUUAUUGUAAUUUGUAUAUAUGUAAGUUUAAAAAAUUUAAUGAAUAAAUUUUUUUUAUUCUA